AUGAUGUUUUUGCUCAAGUUUGUAAUCUCUGUGAUUGCCCUCCUCGCUGCCUUUGUGCUGCUCCCACAGUUUCCCCUAGGACUCCUUCGCUUGGUGCUCCGUGGCGUGGGCUGGGUCAUCCGCAAGAGGACACAGGCUCGCAGGGCCGCCAUUCUCGCUCGUGUGCGGGCAGACGAGGAGGAACUGCUCUCUAGGCAGCCAAAAUCUACUUCUACCGCGACAUCAGCAGAUGACGAAGACUGGGAGAAAGUUGACACCUCCAAUGGAUCCAACUCGGGGGAAAGCUCCGGCGUAAGCGGCAGUCAGACUUCCCGACAGUCAAAAAAUGAUGAAUGGACAGGAAUUAUAGGUUUCUUCCAUCCUUUCUGCAACGCUGGUGGAGGUGGAGAACGUGUCCUUUGGGAAGCUGUCAGGGCGACGCAGAAGCGAUGGCCCAAAGCUAUCUGUGCCAUUUACACUGGUGAUAUAGACGUUACUAAAACUGCCAUGUUGGAAAGGGUCCAGAACCGAUUCAACAUUGAUUUGCACGCUUCGACAGUCGAGCUGCUCUAUUUAUCGACUCGCAAAUAUGUCCAAAGUACCAUGUAUCCCUACAUGACUCUUCUAGGCCAGUCUCUAGGGUCGUUGAUAGUUGCCUAUGACGCCUUGACACUCGUUGCACCAGACAUUUUCAUCGACACCAUGGGCUACGCCUUCGCCGUAGCAUUUUGCAAGUUACUAUUCCCCUCCGUUCCAACAGGAGCCUACGUCCACUAUCCCACCAUCUCCACAGAUAUGCUUGAGUCUCUAGACGACAAGUCUGGUCUAAAGGGCGUCAACGCUGGCGCUGGCACUGGUCUAAAGGGCACCUUGAAGCGAAAGUACUGGCUUGCCUUUGCCCGUCUCUAUGGCUGGGUGGGGAGUCACGUCGACGUCGUCAUGUGCAACUCUUCAUGGACAUCAGCGCACAUUCGCACCAUUUGGGGCCCAUCCCGACAGCAGCCCCUCUUAUCUUCGCCUUCGCUGAAAUACAAAGACCCCGUCGUCGUCUUUCCCCCAACCGCGGUCUCGGCAAUCCAAUCGACCAUUCACGUCAACCACGAAACAGAAAUGAAACGCACACCUACAAUCCUCUACAUCGCACAAUUCCGCCCGGAAAAAAACCACCCUCUCAUCCUCCGCUCCUUCGCCUGCUUCCUUGAGCGCCAUAAGCAACAACACUCGUCAGGAGAGAGUACCGAUACAUCGACAGAACCCCAACUCCUUCUAAUCGGCACCGUCCGCCCCUCCAGUCCGGACGAGACCCACAUCUACAACCUCCGCCUUCUCGCCCACGAACUCCGCAUCCGCAACAACACAACCUUCCUCUGCGACGCCUCCUGGCCUACAAUCAUCGAUUGUCUCACCACCUCUUCAAUCGGCGUAAACGCCAUGUGGAACGAACAUUUCGGUAUCUGCGUCGUCGAGUACCAAGCCGCGGGCCUAAUCCCUGUCGUCCACGACUCCGGUGGCCCGCGCGAGGACAUCGUCGUUGAUCUUCCUGGGACAGAAGAGGGAGGGCCGAGCGGCGGUGCGACGGGCUUCCGAGCGACGAGCGAGGAGGAUUUCGCGAGUGCUUUUGAGGCGGCGUUGGCGCUGAGUGUCGAGGAGAGGGUUGCGAUGAGGGGGCGGGCGAGGGAGUCAGCCUUAAGGUUUACGGAGGAAGAGUUCUCAAGGAAGUGGGUUGGGGAGGUGGGAAAGUUGGUUGAAAUGGUUCCUACGGCUUAG